GGACAUUCCACAGCAGCACAAAGUGAACCAGCGUGGACAUCCUGAGGAAACAACACUGGCUUCCUGUCAAAUUAAGCCAAGCCGCUGGCUGCUGGGAACGAUAACCGCUGCUGGCUGAGGUAGAGCGCCACCUUCGUGCCACCCCGCCCACCAACUACACGCCAGCACCCAUCGAGGCCAUUCGGGUCUAGGACCGUCGGCCACAGCGGGAUCAUUGAAGAGCUCCUCAGACGCCAUGGGCCGCUUUCUGCUCCUGUUAAGCUGCACGCUCGUAUCUAACUAUCUCCAUCCAUGGAGAGGGACCAACGCACAGACCAUGUUCACUAUAAGGGACAUCAGUAUAUCUCUUGAGCCCGGGUCCGAUGUGACGCGGGGCACCAAUGUGACUGUGCGCUGUCAGGCAUUGGUCAGCAGCUCAGGCACAGGGCUGCUGAGUCGCGAAUACACAAUCUUCAAGGAUGGCGUCACCGUGUACACAAAGACAACCAGCAGCUCUGGUGAUCUCCUGUACCGCCUUCCUGAUGCCCGCGUGUCCAACGCGGGCAAAUACAAGUGUAAGAUCAACAUCAAAGGCAAGCAGGUGACCAGUGAGGCCAAGAAACUCACAGUCACGGGCUUGUCUGCACCCCUGCUUCAUUUGAACAACGCUGUUGUCAGUGAGGGGGAGGAGUUAACAGCCAGAUGCACAGCGCCAGGAGAAACGGGUUCGAUCAUUUUCUAUUUCUAUGAUGAUGCCAAGGAGAUCCUAGAGGAUAGGGUCAACUCCAACCUGUCUGAAGUCAAGCUUCGCUUCAACACUGUUGGCAUCCACAAGAUGUACUGUGCCUACACCGUCCUGGUGACACCGAAUUCCUUCAGGUCGGACAAAAGCAACACUGUCACCAUUUCGGUCAGAGAACUUUCCAUUACGCCAGUUUUGGAGAUUUUCCCUUACAGCAAUAUCUAUGAAGGAGACACAAUUGACAUCACGUGCACCAUCAGAAACCUCAUGCCCGACAUGCACGGAAACGUUCACCUCUACCUGAGUCGCGGGACCCAGCUUCUCAGCAGGGGGGACACCAAUGUCAACCACAGCAUGAUCGCCUUGGCUAAGGACUCUGAGGAGUUCGAGUGUAGACUGGAGAUGGGAAAUGUUGUGAAGGUUGAUACAAAAAAGAUUUUGGUGACUGAGCUGUUUUCAGUGCCUACGCUCUCAAUGUCACCAAGCGAAGUCUUUCAAAGAGACCACAUGACACUGAGCUGCAGAAGUGACAGCUUCGCUUCAGAGAGGCUCCACAGGGACGAGUUAACUUAUAGUUUGGAUCCGCCAGAGAGUCUCCUGCUCCCAAAGAGCUCCGGCGUGUUUUCUGGCAAAGCUCUGCUCUACGAAUUCAACUACACUUGCAUCGCUCAAGCCAAGGGCAUCAGGAAAUAUAGCAAACCUUUGACUGUCAUUCCUAAAGUAACUGUAUCAACACCAAGGAUCACGGUGGUUGGCAGAGCGGUGUUGGGACGUCCAAUUAAGGUCCUGUGUCAGUCGGACAUCGGCAGCCUGCCCAUAAACUACACUUUACUGAAAGACUACGAGAUUCUGAGCACAGCCAGUGUCAAAAUGCCUUUUGAACAGGCUCUGUUCACCGUCACCAUCCACCAGCCUGAUGAAAUCAACAAGUUGAUGUGUGAGGCCAUGAACAGUCCGAAGGAACCGCCACUCAGCAAAAGAUUGGAGGCUACUGUUGUUGUACCUCUGUCUCAUCCGACCCUCACGGUCAUCCCCGUCUUGCCGGAAAUUGCAGAGGGAGAUCAUCUCUUCCUGAUCUGUGGUGUGAAAGGCACCCCGCCCAUCACCUUUAAGUGGUAUCGAGACGGCAGCAACAACCCGAUCUUUACCACCACCUCAGACAAGAACAAUACAGACUACCAGAUUCAAGCUCUGGCCAAAGGUGACACUGGCACCUACUACUGUGAGGCCAUCAAUCACGCCAACAAUGUGGUCCGCAGUGCACCAGUCACCAUAGAAGUGCGCUUAGCCCUCUGGAAGAAAGCGGUUAUUGUGGGCUUCUGUCUGCUGAUGGUGUCUGUGCUGGUGGUGGUGAUUGUGCUGUGCUUCAGGUCCAAGAGAGGUAAAAGGGAAGCAGCUGCUGAAUUGUCAGUAAAGCCUUCGAGCCCUAAAUCAGAUGACUCUUUAACAGUGAUUCUAACCCACGACACAGAGGUUAAUAAUGCAGCCCCAGACGGAGCGGCACACUAUGAUGGCAUGGAGGGGAGGGUGACCAAUGGGACACGAGCUAUGCGCGCUGUCGCUUCCCACUGACAUCAGCAACAGGAGCAGCUUCAGUAUUCCAGCCACAGUGUAGAGAUAUCCUGCUUUGCAAGGGACGGGGAGCCCCUUAAAAAAAUGUUUGAAGAUUCGCCCCAAAAAAGGAAGCUUUUUUUGUCCCCCACGUUUUUUCACAUAGAAGGAUGUGUUACAAGAGAAAUGACUCGCCUCCUGCUGCUCCCUCUCCCCUCCCCCUGCAAUUGAGAUGGCCUUUGAGUUUUCUCUAUUUUUUUAUUUUUAUUUAACAUCACUGUCUUUGUCCUGUGUUUCUUUGUAUGCCAUGUGUCGGCGGGUGCAUGUUUUUGCAAUGUUAUGACUUUAGCUUUUGUAUGUUUGAACAUCGUUGAUGACUGUUUGUUUUUCAGAUCCCUUUAUCACUAUCAUAGGACAUUUGUGUGUGUAUAUUUUGGUUGAUUCCUUGACUUUGCUCAAGUCCUUUUAGAAUAAAUGAAUUGGUUCUAUUUA